UUACAUUAGCUUCCUUGGUUGUCGCCUUUGUAGGAACGUCACCUUUUUACAUCAUCAUUGUGCGCCGCUAUCACAUCCAAGAUGGCGUCGGUGGACUUAAGAGCAGAUAACCUCUUGGGAAUAUCAUGGGUUGAUAGUGGGUGGGUACCCAUUCUCAACCCCGGUAAUGUCCUGGACUAUUUUUCCGAAAGAAGCAACCCAUUCUACGACCGAACUUGCAACAAUGAAGUUGUGAAAAUGCAGCGGCUCACCCUGGACCACUUAAAUCAGAUGGUGGGAGUUGAGUAUAUCCUACUACACGUACAGGAGCCAAUCUUGUACAUCAUCCGCAAGCAGCAGCGACAGUCGCCAACCCAAGUUAUCCCCUUGGCGGAUUACUACAUCAUAGCUGGUGUGGUCUACCAAGCACCAGACUUAGGAUCAGUCAUCAGCUCCAGAGUGCUAUCAGCUGUACACGGCAUACAGUCAGCAUUUGAUGAAGCCAUGUCUUACUGUCGCUACCACCCAUCAAAGGGCUACUGGUGGAACUUCAAAGACCAGGAGGAGAAAGAGAAAUCCAAACCCAAGUCAAAGAAGAAGGAGGAGCCCAGUUCAUUCUUCCAGAGGCAGCGAGUUGAUGCUUUACUGCUAGACCUUCGGAACAAAUUCCCCCCUACAUACUACCAGCCCAAACCGGGAGAAAAGCCUGUCCCGGUGGAGGUAAAGAAAGAAUCUGAUUUGCCUGCUGAAACGGUAAAACAAGAGGAGAGAGAGACGGCCAGCAAGACUCCAGCACCUGCCCCCCCAAGCAAGCCACCCCCUGAGAAACGAGCCAGGUUGCAAUGAUCUCUCACACACACACACACACACACACACACACACACACUGGACUCUGAGAUAAUGAGGAUGGAGUUCCUAAGGACUGAGUUUGGAAAGGGAUUACUGCACCUCAGGAAUGCCUGACAGCAUUUCAGAUUUUGAAAUAUUUAUAAUGUCAAGGCUUUGUUUGUCUACCUUUUAUAUUAUGACAUUUUUUGUAAAAACACAUGCAGGUAUAUAGUACAGGGAAUAAACUUGGUCAUGGUUUUCUUGGUCUAAUGGCUCUAUACGCAAUCAAUUGGACAAUUUAAGGUUCAUGAAAAUUACAUCUUUUUUGUGUCAAGAGUUUCUUCAUUCAACUUUGUAAAUUAAUGAAUGGUUUUGUUUUGUUUUGUAUUUUUUGUCGGUGUUUGACAACCUUUUGAUAUAUGUGAAUAAAUAGAUGAAAUAGAAGAAAUGUA